AUUUUCUUCUGUACACCCUUUUCUUUAGCUCAAUACCUCUCUCUCUCUCUCUCUCUCUCUCUUUGCUAUAUCACAUUGCUUUCAGAGAGAAUGUCAAAGGUGUCUUAUUAUAGCAUUUAUAUUCUUUUAUGGAUUUUUUCCCUGGUGGAAUCUAAGAUUACAGAGGAUCGAGUGACCUGCAUCUUUUCUGAGAGCUGUGCCCUGCCCUGCUCUUUCAACGCCACUGAUGCUGCUGGGAGCAUUCAGUGGUACCAUCAGGGCUUGCUCAUAUUCAAUUUACAAAAGGGAGAAAAGCUCCUUAGCAACGGCAACAUACGGGUGCCUGACGACCACAUCUCCAAUGGCAAUGCGACGCUGUUUCUAAACCCCGUAGACAUCAAGAGUAAAGGACGAUACAAAUGUGUGGUCAACAAUGCAAUUUGGAGACAUGUUAUAGCGGCAGUGGAAGCUCCCAUCAGAAUGAUCUCCAUUAACAAACAGCCCAGCUCUGAUAUGAUUCAGUGCUCUACAAAAGACGUCUACCCAGCACCAGCAUUACAGUGGACCACAGAACCCAGUUUAACCCCUCUGAACCCAACCACACGUAUGUUUUCAAAGGAGAAGGGCUUAUAUUCUGUCGAGAGCAUCGUGAAAUUGCCUAACAACAGCUUUGAUCAGAUGUAUGUGUGUAAGAUCACCUCCAAAUAUGGCACACAGACGUGGACAGCAUCUUUACAGCUACAAGAGAUCAUUGGCUUUGAAAAGCAAAACCUGGUAAUUCCAUGUACAGCUCCCAAAAACCUUCAGUUCAGCACACUCGUAUGGACCUUAACCAAAGACAAUAAAACCACAGAUGUCCUUAGGCAUGACAGCCUGACACGUAAAACCACCAGCUUCAAAGAUUAUGCUAAAGUAAAGGAUGACCUCGUAUGGAAAGGGAAUGGAUCUCUCACCCUGGACAAUCCUGUUGGCCCGGAUCGUUCUGGAAUCUACUCGUGUGUAUUUUAUGGGGAAACGACAAUACAUCGCAUAGAGACCAAUGUCGAUUUGACACAGUCCAAAAAGAGCAACGACUCUGCCAAAUAUAAUCUGUGGAUGUUGGGGAUUGUUUUGGGUUUACUGGCUCUCUUAGGGCUAACUUUACUAAUAAAAAGAUAUAGAGCUAAAUCAAAAAGGAGUCAAGAAGGAGCUCAGGCAGAUGAGGAGAUGCAAAACAUGAACACAGCCAAGACAUCAGGAGAACAGCAAGCAGAAAAUAAACUUAUGUCACAACCAUGAGAUAAUAACUUUAUAAGUUAAUCAUUGAGAGAUGAAAGAACAUUAAAAAAACAGUCAAGACGUUUGGAGCACAGUUAUAUAUGCUUGGAUAGACCAACAUUUCUAAACAGCACAGUAUUUCAACAUUUUAGGAUAACCAGGAAAAUGUUAAGAUGAAUUUGAACAUUUUAUGUAUUAUAAUUAUGCCUUAAUUUCUUCAAUAAUUUAUGGAAAUGAAAGACUAUAAUUAAAAAAGUUAUUUAUUAUUAUUAAAAAUGUGUUAUUUUCCAUAA